GGAUCUCUCUCCAAAUUUUUAGGCCGUGAGUCAAGAUAUCAGGAGAUUUCAGCCAUUGAAGUUCCCCAAUUGAACAGAAAGUCUUGCGGAUUGCUAUUUUUGAUCAGGGAGCUUCUGAGUUCUCGUUGAAGGUCAGAAAAAUGGCGUCCCGUAGCUUCUUGAAGCCCGCCACGGCCUCUUACAAAGCCGUUGCCGGAGCUGUUCGCUCAACCGCACCCCAGGCCACACGAUGGAGCUCGAGCAGCUCCUCGACCUCGGCCAUGGCCUACAAGGCUAACCGUCGCCGCUCGGCUCCCCUGCCCACCAGCGACACGCCCUCGCCGUGGUCUGCGCAAGCCGCCGUAUCGAAUAUCCUGUACGAAACGCCCGUCCCGUCGAGCGUCCCUCCCAAGCGUCACAUCCUCAACUGCCUGGUCCAGAACGAGCCCGGUGUCUUGUCGCGCGUCUCCGGCAUUCUCGCCGCUCGCGGCUUCAACAUCGACUCCUUGGUUGUGUGCAGUACCGAGGUGGAGGAUCUGUCGCGCAUGACCAUCGUCCUCACCGGCCAGGACGGCGUUGUCGAGCAAGCACGCCGGCAGCUGGAGGAUCUGGUGCCCGUCUGGGCUGUUCUGGACUACACCAACUCCCCGCUCGUGCAACGUGAGCUGCUGCUCGCCAAGAUCAACAUCCUGGGACCCGAGUACUUCGAGGAGCUUCUCACCCACCACCGAGAGAUCACCCAGGAGGGUGAGAUCGAUGCCGGCGAGAGCGCCGAAGCUGCGGGCCUGGCAGAUCUUGCCGAGGACUUCCACCCGAGCAAGCUGGUUGCUUCCCAAGCACUCCGCCACAAGCAUGAGCACUUGAAGUCUAUUACCUACUUUGCCCACCAGUUCGGCGGUAAGGUCUUGGAUAUUAGCACUAAUAGCUGUAUUGUCGAAAUCUCCGCUAAGCCCGUCAGAAUCAACUCAUUCCUGAAGCUCAUCGCUCCAUUUGGUAUCUUGGAAUCGACCCGAACCGGUCUCAUGGCGUUGCCCAGAUCUCCAUUAUAUGGCCCCAACGAGGAUGCUCAGUUCCAGGAUGCCGACGAGAUCGUAGACGCAAGCCAGCUGCCCCCUGGUUAAGGUUGUGGUUGAAUUCAAGGAUAAUGGCGUUAUUUGGCUGGUUUGAACAUCAUUUGGACUGGGCAAAACUGUUGUAACUAUUGAUGAUACAUCGCGAGCAAUCUUUAUUAAGAUAUACAUUAUUGC